AUGUCCGAACUGAACACCGGGUUUGCUGCCACGUUUCCAACUGCUGAUCCACAGAAACACGAAAUGCCGAAGGAGAAACCGGCCGUUGCUAAGGUAAAACCAGCCAAACAUCCAAACCGAGCCAAACAUCUGCCGGUACAGAAAAUGAUUGCCACCGCCAUCAAGACUCUAAACAACUCGAAAGGAUCGUCUCUGUAUGCCAUCAAGCGGUACAUCGAAGCGAACUACGAGUGUGAUAUCGGAAAACUGUCACCUUUCAUAAGGAAAUCGCUGAAGACCGCCGUUGACAGAGGCACCCUGAUCCGAACAAAGGGAAUCGGAGCUUCCGGAUCAUUCAAGUUGCCAAAAAACUUAACCAAUGAAAAACGAAAGAGGAAGGAAACCAUCGGAACGCCGGACGCCGUUAAGAAAAGGACGGCUUACAAGCAAAUUGGUACCACAUCUAAACUGCCCAACACUCCGUUUCCAAAAAUUACUGCUUCUACUGGAAAGGUUUCCCGGAUGGGAAAUCGCUGUUGA